GUGAAGGCGAAUUCUAUAGGACGGAUGUAAGAUGACAAAAGUUGGUCGCCGAGAAAAGACGAGCAUCGAAAGUGGCGCGAGCGCUUUCUGCGAACCUUUCCCGGGGAUAUGUCAACGUGUCGAAGGAAUUGAGCGUGAACAGCCAUUUUUAUUACAUUUUUAUCGAGGAUAUUGCCGGGAAAAGUUGACACGGAAAGAAAAGUUGAAAUUGGAAAGGAACGAAGUGACAUGAUUCCACGCGGUGAAGUACGAGCUUAAAAACGUCCCAUCUUGCGAGUACGCCGAUUCAAUGGCACCAGCACCAAUUUCUCGAUCGAUCUACCUCGUGGAGGAAUGCUGCUAACUUUAUUCAGGUUGACCAUGAUCGUUCCGCUACUAAUCCCCGUUUGCGUCGAAACCAAUGCCGAAAAAUUAUCGUUCGUACCGUCAGAGGAGAAGAAAGGGGCGGCCGGUGUGCCGCAUCGACGGACCGUUACGUUUCUGAAAGAGAACGAGAAAUCGAUUCAAGAUGAAGACACGAGCCCCGUGCUACGGAAAAGGCAAUUGAGCAACAAGAACAAUCGAUACACGAGCGGGCAGAAUUUGAGGAUGCGCCAUGCCAUCGUGUCUGAUCCCGUGGAUUACAGAAUUCCUAGAUCGGAUAUCGAGACUGGUGGAUUGGCGCACAAAAUGGCCAAGGACGCGCUCAAAUCCCCCAAGGUGCAAGAGACGAUAAGGAAACUUUCGCGCGUGUCGCCCCCGGGGCAUCUUCAGGCCACGGUGAAGAUACCGAUGACAAAGGGUAACGGUGGUGGCUCGAAGGCGACCGAAGACAAAAGAAUCGAAAGGGGUUGAGGCACAAGGGGCGAAAGAAG